AUGAGCCCUGCCAGCCACUACGAGAUGUCGCUCAGCAAUCACGAAUUGUCAGUCAGGAUCCCCCGCCUUGCGGAAGAUGGAUCGAACUGGGUGCUCUAUAAGGAGCAACUCAGGUCCGCCGUGAUGGCGAAGAAGCUGGCGCGAUAUCUCGAUGGCCAUGACAAGGAGCCUACUGCACCCACGGCCCCAGGGGUGGAUUCUGAUGCAGACGAGGCAUAUGCGGAUGCAUACGACACAUGGGCAGCCGGACAUGAGGUGAUCAAAAUGCUUCUGUACCAGACGCUACCGGAAACGCUGAAACUCCGGAUUAUUCCCGAGAAGAAGGCGUCCGGAGCUUGGAAGAUAGUCAACGCUGAGUAUGACAAUCGCGGUGACUUCGUCCAGGCUGAACUGCUCCGACGCAUGCAUGCUCUCUGCUGCACUGAGGAGAAGGACCCUCGACUGACCCUAGAUAAGCUCCAGAAGCUUAAGGCUGAGUUCACAACAGCUGGCGGUGUUCUUGACGACAAGCAAUACCGCGUGCUCAUCAUCAGCUGCCUCCCGGACCGACACUUCGAUCCGUUCCACCAUCACAUGGCACAUGCCCAUGCCCCUGUCCUCAAGAAAAUGGUUGAGGCCAAUAUCGUCACCGGAGUGCGACUCAAGGACUCGACC